AUGGCCUUCCGUAUGUUUGCUUGCCUCCUCUGCGGCUUCGCGUACGGGUUACUCACCGCCGGUCCGAAAGAUAAGACGGCGUUGAAAAUGACAUGUUUUGCCCAAGCUCUGAUGUUACCGUUGAUGGUUAUCGCCGGUUUUGGUCCGGAUGCAACGACGUACGCGCAACCGAUGUGGAAGGCGCAAACGGUUAUCCACUCGGUUAUGACGUACGUGGCGUACACCGCGUCGCAAGGGGCGAAGACGAGAGCGUCGAGCAGAAGACGAUAA